UGACAGUUCGAUACUGUGGCGGCGAGAAACAGUUUGUUUUCGUAAUCAUGGCGCUUCGCAUGUUGUACAGCAAAACAUUAAGCAUAAAUCGAAUUGUACCGCUAAAUUCUAUAAACCAUCUCCCAAAACAACUACAGAAUGUAACACCUACCUCCGUGCGAUGGUCGUCAUUUCGGUCCUCGGAACCAGUCGGUGAUGUAGCGCAGUUUCCCGAGGUUGAAGUAGUACGGAAUCCACCAGAAUGGAAGUAUGUCGAGCGAUUACUAGCUCCUCGGACCGUUCCAAAACCAAUAGCAAAGGAAAGCUACCCAUCGGGAUGGAAACCGGCUGAUCCACGACCCGAGCUGAAGUAUGUAGUACUGCGAACGAAAAAUCAUAUGCUACCGGUGUACUUACGGCGUGCGUUCCGUGGCCAGCGUCGAAUAACAGCGAUCCGUCAUGUCGAGGGUGACAUUUGGCAGUUGGAGGCGGAAUUGCGAUAUCUCAUCGAAAAGCAGCUAGACCGUCCCAUCAUUACGCGGGUGAAUGAAAUGAGCGGUCUGAUUGAGCUAAAGGGCGAUCAUGUAGCUUUCGUUGAAAAGUUCUUACUAGAAAAAGGAAUGUAAGGGCAUUUAGUACAUAUGUUAAAUACAGUAUGCAUCUUAGAGAGCAUGAAUCGA